AUGCAGAAGAAGCCACCAUUGCCGUUGACGGCAUUCAUUGGUGGCCCAACGCUCAUCCACGCUUCUCAAUCGGCGAUCAGUUCGAGUAGCAGCAGCAGCAUUGGCAGUGGAAUGUGUUUUCCUAGCAGUAAAAGUGGUGGUGGUGGAGGCGCAAGCGGCGGUGUUGGUGGAGGUGGCGGCUCGGGGGAGAAACAGCGGGAUCGUCAUGAUGGGGGAGGAGGAGGAUUGUGCGGCUGUCACAAGGCGCCCAAAUCACAUUGCAUAUCGGCGACAGGUGUUCUUCUGCUCUUACUUCUAUACACCGCCAUGGGAUCCAUUAUUUUUGUCACACUAGAAGGUGAAUUGGAGGAUUCCAGUUCGCUUGAAACAGCAGUCGCAGCGUCGAAAAAAUUCCCACGCACUGAACUCGCCAAUGAACAAAUAAGAUCACGCACCGUUGAUCGCUUGUGGUCGAUUACCGAGGAUUUGAAUAUUUUAUACAAAGAGAAUUGGACACGUUUGGCCGCACAGGAGGUGCAACAUUUUCAGGAGACCUUGCUGCGCGCCGUACGCCAAUCGAAACUCUAUCAACCUGGCGAACCAAUGAAUCCACCCACACACAAGUGGACUUAUGCAUCGGCGUUUCUUUAUUCAUUAACUUUAAUUACAACAAUAGGUUACGGCGGCAUCUCGCCGCGCACCCAAUGGGGCCGCAUUGCCGCCCUCAUCUACGCGCUCUUCGGCAUACCCAUCGUUCUGCUCUAUCUAUCCGCCAUGGGUGAGGGCCUUUCGGCCGGCAUGCGUUGCCUUUUUCGCAAAGCGCGAUCCAAAAGCGCUGUCAGUAACGGGAGUGGCAGCGGCGGCGGCAAUAGUGGUAGUAGCGGCAGCGGGAAUGGCGGUUCUAAUAGCGGCAAUGGUAAGUUACCACCAAAUGAUAGCGGCAAGAGCACAAACAAGCAUUAUCAUCACAGCGGCGGCAGCAGUGGGAAGUUGCAUCCUGCGGCUGCUCAUCACUAUGGACUGCCAAAGUCUGCCUAUCAUCACAGUAGCUCAGUGGCUAUGGGUAGCCACUCUUCGGCGCAUGGUCCCAGCGUACCCAUUUCCAUUUGCGUAAUGGUGCUGGUAUGUUACGUCGCCUCGGGCGCGUUGCUCUUCCACAAGUUGCAAAACUGGAGCGUACUGGAGGCGCUCUACUUCUGUUUCACGUCGCUGGGCACAAUUGGUUUCGGCGAGUUGGCGCCCACUGGUAAUCUCACGCUAUAUCUUGCCUCCGCUUACAUACUCGUCGGCAUGGCAGUGGUGGCGAUGUGUUUCAGCCUCAUACAGACAGAGAUUGUGAUGUGGCUGCGCAAAUUCAGCGUGCAGGAUCAUGUGAUGCCGCAGGGCGAGGAUGUUGCGCUCGUCUCGGUGGCGGUUACGCCAAAAUCAUCCUGACAACGGCCGGCUGCUGAGCUGCUUGCCAUGGGUGGGGGAAGCGGCGGCGGCGGCAGCAAUGUCAAUUCAAGUGUACCGGCACCACUUGGCGGCUUUAGCGGCAACACACUGGGUCAUCAUCAGACCAUGUUUUUCGGACCAGCGCAUACACUCACACAAUACAGUUCGCUACCGCGUCGCUCAGCAGUAUCAGCUUUUCAACGCAACACACCCAUACGCCGCUCCACCGGCAUACCCGAACACCACAUGGAGUACUUUGUGCCGCGAAGCAUAAGCGAAUUUAAUUUGUCAGGCGUUGGCGACUUGGCGUUGCCUCCUCCGCGCCGUUAUUCACCCACUAUACAACAUACCGGCGGUGGCAUGGGCAUGGCUGUGGGACUACCGCAUGCACUGCAGCUGGGACCGCCACAGACGCUCAUUUGUACUGGACAGCCACCACCUCCGCCACAGCAAAUGCAGAUUUUAAUGAAGCCACGUGAAAAAAUGGUCACCUUUGAGGAUGAAUCGAAGGCAAUGAAUGCAGCGGCGGUGGCGGCGGCAGCAGGCGUGACCACAUCAAACGCCAGCACAGCGACACAUUGUCCACACGGCGUACCGACGACGCCACGCAAGGCGGGCGGCAUGGUUGGCGGUGGCGCAGAUAUUUUUAUGUGACGCGAAUCGUUGCGGUGACCACUUAGUCUGCUGCUAAGCGACAAAGCUAGCGACGACGCGGCAGCAGCAUAUGCUGCAAUGGGUGCCGCCGCUAUGCUCGACGACGGUAUCGGAGGUGCUGGUGCAAUUGGUGGCAUCACAGCGACAAC